AUGGCCGCCGCGCGCCCCGAGCCCGGGAGUCCGCGCUCGGCAGCCCCGCAGCCGCGAUCGCCGGCGCCGCCGGACCUGGUCCUGGUGCCCGACGACGGCCGGCCGGCCACGCCCCCGACGGACCUCAUCGAGAUCCAGGUGGUGAAGGUGGCGGACGCCCCGCUGGUCCCCGAGCCCCCCGAGCCGGGCUCGCUGCACUGUGCCUUGUGUCCGGCCGCCUUCCGGCUGGUCUCGGACCUGCUGUUCCACGAACACGGCCACCUGGCCAGGGCGGCGGGGGGCGGGCAGCGCGGGGACCCCAGCCGGUGUCACGUGUGCGGCCACAGCUGCCCGGGCCCCGCCAGCCUGCGCGCGCACUACAGCCUGCACACGGGCGAGCGGCCCCACCGCUGCCCGCUCUGCCCCCGCGCCUUCAAGGCCUUGGCGCCGCUGCUGCGGCACCAGCGCCGGCACGGGGCGGAGCCCGGGGGCUCGCGGCGGCCCCCGGAGGCGCCGGCGGCGGGCGCGCGCGAGCCCCGGCCCGGGGCGGCCCCGGAGCGGGCGGGCGCGGCGGCGGGGAAGCCCUUCGCGUGCAGGUUCUGCGCCAAGCCGUUCCGCCGCUCGUCCGACAUGCGCGACCACGAGCGCGUGCACACGGGCGAGCGGCCCUACCACUGCGGCGUCUGCGGCAAGGGCUUCACGCAGUCCUCGGUGCUGAGCGGCCACGCGCGCAUCCACACCGGCGAGCGCCCCUUCCGCUGCGCGCUCUGCGCCCGCACCUUCAACAACUCCUCCAACUUCCGCAAGCACCAGCGCACCCACUUCCACGGGCCCGGGCCCGGCGUGCGGGACCCCGGCGGCCAGAGGGCCGCGCGGGGCGGGAGCGCGGGCGGGGCGGGACACGCCCUGGAGGAGGGGCGCGGGGGGCCGGGCCGGGCGGGGCUGGGGGCGGGCCAGUAG